UCCUCGAUAACCAGCACUGGACAGACAGAGUAUACCUGCAAAAACAUCCUCAAUAAAGCCCCACGAAGGGCCGAUAACCAACAUGUCACACCUCCUUCCUCCUAACCUCCUGAAGCUUUUCGCCCCUCGACCUCAGCCGCCCUUCUUAAAACCCCUGACGAGGGACGAACGCAUCCGAGGUCCAAACAACCUUGGGGGUGUUGCCGGCCUUGCUAAGCGUAUAAAAGAAGAAGCCGAAGAUGCUGAGGUCAAGCAAGGGAUGGGCAUGAAUCCCGAAAAAGCUCUCGAUGAACAAAAGGAGGAAAAUGUAAAGAUGGAAUUGAAGCAAGAUGGCGAAGAUGGAGAGGUCGCGGAGGAUUCUGGCAAGGAGAAGAAGAAAAAGACAGCUAGAGAUAAGAUUGCGGAGAUGGGUAUCAUUGGAGAGGAGGCUGUCAAAAUGAGGAAGGAAUUGAGGAAGAAGAGGCAAGAGGAGUACAAGAAGAAUGCCGAGAGCAACUAUAAACCUCAGGAUGACGCUCAAGCCAUCGGUGACCCUUAUAAAACCCUUUUCAUCUCAAGGCUAUCUAAGAAAGCGAACGAGACAGACCUUCGCCGAGAGUUUGAAAUGUAUGGCCCUAUCGAGCGGAUACGUAUCGUUCGAAAUCGAAAGGGCAAGAGUAACGGCUACGCCUUUAUUGUUUAUGAGCGAGAACGAGAUAUGAAAGCCGCAUACAAGGACGCUGAAGGCAUUCCUAUUCACCACAAGAAGAUUCUUGUCGAUGUCGAGCGUGGACGCACUGUUAAAGGAUGGAAACCUCAACGUCUCGGUGGAGGUCUUGGUGGCCGUCCCAAACCCGUCGCCCCAGAAGCCUCCCCUGCACCGUAUGUCGCUCCCAGCAACCUCCGAGGUGGCCGAGGAGGGUUCCGUGGAGGAGGACGAGGCGGCGGUGCUGGUUUCCGAGGUGGUUUUCAAGGGAACAGGGGAGGGUUUGGCGGAGGUAACAGAGGAGGAUUUGGCGGAGGGGAUGACAGAGGAGGUUUCGCUGGACGAGGCGGUUUCCGAGGGGGUUUCCAAAAUCGAGGAGAUCGUGGUCCUGGUGGAUUUGGCCAACAACAGGGAGGGUUUGGCGGUCCAGGAGGCCCAGGUGGAUACGGUGGACAGGGAGGAGGGUACGGUGGCGGUGGUGGCGGCUUCGGCGGUCCCGGCCAGCAAAAUGGAGUUCAAGGCGGACAAGGUGGAGGAGGCUUUGGGGGGGGUGGAGGUUACAAACGCGAUUACGACAACGCCGGUGGACCUGGUGGUUAUGGUGGAGGAGGCGGCGGUGGUGGUGGUGGGUUCGGGGGAGGCGGUGGAGGUUACCAGGACAGGGAUCCCAAGAGGAUGCGGUAUUGAGAUGUUCUAUUUAUUUGAUUCAUUUACUCAAUUUUCAGUGCGGUCCGAUGAGGAGAUAUUUGCGGAAGCCGUACGGAGCAUUGUGGGUGCAUUUGCACAGGUCUAAGUAUGUAAAACAAGGUAUAGCAUUUUCUCGGGUUCUGUCUGUUCGUGUGCUUCCUGUAUCGACCUACCAUCACCACGUUCUUGGCACUUGAGGAAGCCUAAUGAUAGGAACAACAUUAUUUAAUAAAUGGUGGGUAUCGGUAGGUGCCUGUACUCGAUCAGCAAGUCACCCCCUUCUUUUAUCACAUUAUCGACAACUGAAUUGAGGCUAGAUAAAGUGUUGGGAGACUGACCUCAGAGAAGUAGGCGUACUGUAUUUGGAUAGGUAGCAGGCAUAUACUUCGCUUCGAAGCAGUAUGAGCGACGACGUUGCAGAACAAAAAACUGAUACAUCUGAAGCAACAUGAAGUGGUUGCCCUGGCAAAAUUGAACACUAAGUUGUUGUAGAUACUAGCAUCUGAAAAAGGGUGGGUACCGUCAUGGUUACCGUACCGUCGCUCGGUUACACGCAAGAAGAAUGGUCAUCACUGUGAGUGAAGUAGGUAAUCUCUGAGUGUAUUUGCAAACAGCAUCAUCAGAAGUACCAACUCGAUUAGAGGCCUCAACUCCUCCAUGUCAUGCAUGGCGCAUUGUGUCCCUGUAUGACUUGUUCGAUUCCUCUUCUCAGAUAAUCCUUUAAUGCUGUUUAUUAUCCGCUGUUAUCGGUGAUUCGCACAAUAAAACUUCUUACUAUUUUGUGUCCUUCCUCUCACCAGUUUUCCUUA